AUGAGCUUGAAAGAAGUAUUCGAACAACAUCCAUGGAGGUCAUUUAAGAAGUUCAAUGAAGCAGCAAAGAGUUCGGGAUUUACUAACAGAGCUGAAGUGAAAAGGUUCUUUGACAAAAAUGUUGUACAUCAAACAAAAAUAAACCCUUACGACUACUUUUUACCAAUUUACUCCAACACUCCUGACGCAUACCAAUUUGACACUCUCAUUCAAAGCAGAAAAGGAGGACAUAAACCAUUCCUCAUCUUCAUAAAUGUUAACACUCGUAAAGCAUAUGCAUAUCCAAUGAAGAACAAAGGAACUCGUGAAGUGUUAAGAGUUUUACAAAAGUUUGUAGCAGAACAUAACCCAAGUACUUUAACAUCAGACCAGGAUUCAGCAUACCUCAGCAACGAAAUCACAGAAUUUCUCAUUAAGCAUAACAUAACUCACUACACUACUGAAGACCAUAACCAUAACAUACUCGGCAUCAUAAACCGCUUCAUAAGGACUCUCAGAGAUUUAAAUCAAGAGCGAGACUUUACCGAAGAAACAAUGAAACAUUUUCUCGAAGUAUAUAAUUCCUCAACACAUUCUACAACAGACAUACACCAAAUUCAAUGA